UGGGAUGCAAGGGAGGGAUGAUGGGGGUACUGUGGGUCCUGCCCAUCCCUGCUUUGCCCUGCCCAGUGCACGAGGUGUUGUCCAGCCUGCCCCUCCAGGUGAUGCUCUACUUCAACGUCUGCUACUUCCCCUGCUGGUGCCUGGCUGAGGGCAUGAUGCUACAGCUGAAGUACAACCUGCUGCCCCGCUACUACCAGCUCCUCCUGCUCUCUGCCUUCCUCAUCCUCACACUGGCUGAAGGAGCUCGGCUCUACUUGGGCUACAUUGGGAACCUGCAGGAGAAGGUGCCUGAGCUUGCUGGGUUCCUUCUCCUCUCCAUCCUGAUCCAGCUGCCCCUCCUUCUGUUCCUGCUGACGGACCACCUCACCAUCCGCCUGCCGCUGGAGCUGGCUGUGCACAGCCUUCUCUUGGCCUUCCUCAUCUGUGAGGUGGUGGCUGCCUUCCUGGCACUGCGGGUGAUGAGCAGACAGCUGGCAGCUCAGUUCUACCUGCGGCAGUUCAAGGUGGGCAGCCAAAGUGAUGCUGUGGGUCACGACCUGCCCCACUGAGCCCAACAUUAAACAGCCCUUGGACCACA